AUGUUAGAGCAGCGCAUCAUAUCCGUGGAGCGGCGCUCUGCUGCGAUGGAGCGCGCCAUCAUUGCUGCAAUGGAGGAGGUGGAUGAAUUGCGCUCAUUAUUCUUGACACGUAUAGAUGGCAUUCAACGUGUCGACGCCUUGGAAAACACGGCAAAGGAAGGUCGGGACGCCACCCCCGCGAAGAGCAAAAAAGGUGACCUGGCGAGUGUCCCAAAGAAGCCGCGUGUCGGCGCAGUGGGCGAGAGAAAAGAAAAAGGGAAAAGUGGCAGGGGAGGGGAGUGGUACAACACCCCCUGCAGUGAGCUGACGCUGCGCCACCUGGAAGAGGUGAUGCAAUUAGCAACCGAGGCAAUUGCGGCAUCGGCAGCGCAGAAGGAGAAGUCACAUCUGCAUGAGGUGCGGCAGAGUGCCCUCGAGAAGGAGGUGGAGGCGCUGCACUCUCAGCUGGAGAGGCGCACUCAAGGUGUGGAGCAACACACCUCGCAGCAGGUGCAGGAGAUGGAAAUGAAACUACGCAAAUUGGAGACCAAAAUGCAGCGGCAACGCGAAGAAUUGAUAGAUGAAGUCCUGAAGCGCCUUCAUGGAUUUCGUGAAGCAUCGCCACUGGAAGGGGGCGGCGGCGAGGAGCUUAUUCAGAGGCUACAGGAGCGUGUUUCUCAGCUUGAGCUGAAGCAGGAGGCGCUACGGAGCCUCGUUGCCACAGAACUUGAUGCAGUGAUGGAGGACCGCGUUAAGAGUAUUGCUGAAUCGCACCUCCAGCAACUCCUACGUGAACAGCAGCAACAGCAGCAGUGGUUGAAGGGUGGCAGCACUGUGAACACGAGCACACAAGAAACGACAGCUAAAAACGGUGUUGCCUCUGCUGCUGCCAUUGACCCAUCGCCUGCCGCUGCCGGACCGCUGGAUUUUCGCAGCCUUCGCCUCGACGUCGAUGUGCUUCGUCAGGACCUUGUCCGCUGUAUCGUGGAGAUUGAAAAAGUCAUGGAUCAGCAGCAACGCCUGGGGGUUCGUGUGCACAGCUGCGUGAGCACCGUGCAACGACACCAAACCGACAUUGACGGGCUCUCGGAUCAGCAGAAAACGCUGAUUCAGUCUCACAUGGCGCGCCUUGAGACUCAGCAGGCCACAGCAACUGCGCGGCAGGAAAAACAUUUGGCCGCGGAGCUGGAUGUGCUGCACGCGAAGGUUCUGUCGGAAGUGCGACGCGUCCAUGAGCAGCAGACCGACAUGAUUGUGCGAUCCGAGCAUCAGCGACUGGAUGAUUUGGCGGCGGCGCAGGAGAGGCUGCGGGAUGAAUUGCGCGUUGCCGUUGAAAAGCAGCGCGAGGAGGUGAGGAUGGCCAUCGAGCAGGUUUCAGAGACCGGGCGGCGGUUGGAGCGUGAAUUGGCGUCCCAACUGCGAGGUGAGACAGCGCGGCAAAUUGACGCGGCACGGCAGGCUCAGGAAGUUUCCACAGAUGAAACACAACGGCUUCUGCAGGACACACAGGAGGAACUCCGACGAAUGCAGAACAAUCUGAAGGACAGCGCCGUGCUGAUGCAAGAGCGAAGCCGACGGUUUGAGGAGUCGAUGGAAAAUCGGCUCAAUAACGAGGCUCGCCGGAUUAAGACGUUUACGAAUGACGCAACGUUGCGACUACAGAAGCAAGUAGAGGAUGAGGUGCGGCGCCUUGUGCAUAUCACCGAGCAAGAGUCUUUGUCAUCUAUGCAGCAUGAAAUGCAGCGUGUCAAUGUCGCUCUGCAGGCCCUGGAAGAGGAGCAGCGGGCGCUCCGUGAAGGGUUGCUCACGCUAUCGGCACCCUCCAGAACGAUGGCAAGCCUAGAUCACCGCAUGAAUGUGUUGCAGGAGGAUGUUAGGAGUGUGUUUGCCCAAAUUGAGCAUGUGCAGGAUAUUGGAGCGCCUGGGCUAACGAAGCACGUGCUUGCCAAGCAGCAGCGAAUGCUGCAGGAUGAUAUAUUAGAAGUGAAAUCGAGAUUGCGUCGCUGCGAGGAGUGCUGUGGCUACACAAAUGUUGUGCCACAGACGCAGGAGAUGGAACUGUCACAGACCUUGAGUGGCAAGGCGUUUCCCCACAUUACCGUGACGCAGCCGACCAAAUUGACGACGGAAUCAUUAACGCCGGGGAAACCAACUUUGGGGCAGGCGAGUGAUGUCGCUGCAGGGGUCGUUCAAAGCCCAGGUGUGCCUUACGGGCUUAAUCAAGGCAAACUGAUCAAGGGUACAUCAGAGAUAAACCCCUUCAGCAGCACGUUUUAUGAUCCUCUUGCUGGUGUCUUUGACUGA